CACGAGCUUGUAUAGAUUGCUCAUCCUCGCAAUGGGAGCCAGUCGAAAGCUUCAGGGAGAAAUUGAUCGAGUGUUGAAGAGGGUUCAGGAGGGCGUUGAUUUAUUCGACAGCAUUUGGAAGAAGGUUUACGACACUGAUAAUGCCAACCAGAAGGAGAAGUUUGAGGCGGAUUUGAAGAAGGAGAUUAAGAAGCUGCAGAGGUACAGGGACCAGAUCAAGACAUGGCUUCAAUCCAGCGAGAUUAAGGAUAAGAAGGUUAGUGCUUCUUAUGAGCAGGCAUUAAUGGAUGCACGCAAGCUUAUUGAGCGGGAAAUGGAAAGAUUUAAAAUAUGUGAAAAGGAAACAAAGACUAAGGCCUUUUCGAAGGAAGGUUUGGGCCAACAGCCAAAGACGGAUCCGAAGGAAAAGGCUAAAUCAGAGACUAGGGAUUGGUUGAACAAUGUGGUUAGUGAACUUGAAAAUCAAAUUGAUAUCUUCGAAGCUGAAUUGGAGGGACUCACUGUUAAGAAGGGGAAAUCAAAGCCCCCGAGAAUGACACAUUUGGAGACAUCAAUUACUCGGCACAGGGCACAUAUAAUGAAGUUAGAGUUGAUUUUAAGGUUACUGGAUAAUGAUGAACUGAGUCCAGAGCAAGUCAAUGAUAUCAAAGAUUUCCUUGAUGACUAUGUGGAACGCAAUCAGGAUGACUUUGGUGAGUUUAGUGAUGUUGACGAGCUUUAUAGCUCCCUACCUUUGGACAAGGUAGAGGCUCUUGAAGAUCUAGUCACCAUUGGCACCCCUGGUCUUGUCAAGGGUGUUAGUGCCAUAGUAAGCACCAAAAUUUCUAUUGCCACAACACCUUCUCAGGCAUCACUAAAAAUAACACCUCCUGCCCAACAAAGUGGUCCUUCCCAAGAGCAACCAGAUGGAUUAGGUUCCCCAGAGAGUACCUCUGAUGCAGUUGCAAGGACCCUACCCCCUAAAAUUGGCGCAGUUUCUGCUUCAGCUCCAGCAACAUCUGUUGGUGGCCAUGCAAGCACUGUCGCUUCAUCUCCUAUGAAUCUGCUAAGUGCUGUGAAAGAUGAGGGGGUUACAGUCUUCCCUGGACGAAAAGCAUCCCCAACACACGCAGAACCUGGAUUAAGGGGCAUUGAUAGAAAUGACUUCUCUAGUCAACCUGCUGCCAGCAUUUCUCUUGGUUCUAUUAAUUCACUUUCAAACGAUGAAGCUCUAGGUGCUACGUCUUCAGUCUCUGAAGUGACAAAGAGAAAUUGUUUGGGAUUUGAUGAAAGACUUGGGACUACUGGCAAUGGACAGCCUCUCAUUUCCCCUCUGGCUAACAGAUCUAGCAUGUCACAAACUGUCAGGUCUAGUGAUGGAAUGGGCACUAAUGAUAGUGGUAAUGUUGUUGAGUCCAGUGUUUUGGCUGGUAGGGGGUUCUCUUCUUCGGUUCUACCUGCAAUGCAGUGGAGGUCUGGAGGUUCCUUUCAGAAUCAGAAUGAGGCGGGGCAGAUCCGCAGAAGAACUGAAAUUGCUCCUGACCAGAGGGAGAAAUAUUUACAACGGUUUCACCAAGGUCAGAGUUAUAUUCCUGGGAGCCAUAAACAGUUUUAUCCACAUCAUCAGAAUCCACUUUUGCAUCAGUUCAAUUCUCAAGGUUCCUCUGUGACUCCUCAACUUGGAUUGGGAGCUGGGGCCCAAGCUUCUUCUCCCCUUAAUGAUGCAUCUUCCUUUAGUAAUGAAUCUCCAUCUGCACUGGUGCAGCAACAAUCAGAUGGCAGCAGACAUUCAAAAGUUGAAGAGUUGCGACAACAGGCUCAGUGUGAAGAUGUUUUGGCAGCUUCUGCUCCUUCCUCAAGCCUUGUGAAGAAUCUCAUGAAUGAAGAUGAUUUCAAGGCUUAUGCAACAGAUAAUUCAGGUGGAGUGGGAAGCUCCGUUGCUGAGCAGCCCCAGCAGCUUCCAAAGGACAUUGUGGAUCUAUCUCCAGGCAAGCCGUUACAACCAAACCAGCCGUCGGGUGGGAGCAUUGGAGUUAUUGGUCGAAGAAGUGUAGCUGAUCUUGGUGCAAUUGGCGACAACUUGAUCACACCACCCGCCAAUCCUGGAGUAGUGCAUGACCUGUCAUACAACUUACAAAUGCUUGAGUCUGCUUAUCGCACACUUCCUCACCCAAAAGAUUCUGAGCGUGCUAAGAGCUACACACCAAGACAUCCUGUGGUGACCCCUUCAAGCUAUCCACAAGUACAGGCGCCGAUGGUUAGCAAUCCCUCAUUUUGGGAACGGCUUGGGGCUGAUAAUAUUUGCACUGAGACCUUAUUCUUUGCCUUUUACUACCAACAGAACACAUAUCAACAAUACCUGGCAGCAAAGGAGCUGAGAAAGCAAACUUGGAGGUACCACAGACUGUACAAUACAUGGUUUCGGCGGCUCGAGGAGCCAACGGAUGCUACAGAUGAUUAUGAAUCAGGGACAUACCUUUACUUUGAUAUCACUAAUGAAGAACAACAUGGCUGGUGCCAGAGGAUCAGGACUGACUUUACGUUCGAGUACAAAUAUCUUGAAGAUGACCUCCCAGCAUAGAAUCUCUCCUUACAGUUUAACACAUCGUUAGUCUACGGUUUGUAGUCUCACAUUUAUUUUCUUCACACCAUUGAAUUUGCCAAGUGAAAACCAUUCUUUUCAUGCAUGCGUCUGAGUUCUUAUAAUUUUUAUGAUCAUAUCCUUUGCUGAAGAAAUUCCUUUGCCAUAA